CUGUCGGAAUGAGGGGGAGGAGAUUGAAUGGGAUCUAGUAAUAUCUGUCAGAGAGAGUCACUUCUUUUCUUCUUACCGGCCGGCUUCCCCACGUCUCAUCUGUCUCCCACAUUUAAUCAUGAAGAUCUGGACCUCAGAAUACAUAUUUAACCAUCCUUGGGAAAUGGUAACUAAGGCUGCUAUGCAGAAGUAUCCCAAUCCAAUGAACCCCAGCGUGGUCGGAGUGGAUGUCCUGGACAGAAACAUCGACCAACAGGGACGCCUCCACAGUAAAAGACUGCUCAGCACAGAGUGGGGUCUGCCAUCCAUAGUGAAAUCUCUCAUUGGAAACACACGAACACACACGUAUAUUCAAGAGCACUCAGUUGUGGAUCCCAAGGAGAAAACCUUUGAGCUAAAAUCUACAAAUAUCACUUUCACAAACAUGGUGUCCGUGGAUGAGAAGUUAACAUACAAACCUCACCCUGAGCAUCCAGAGAAGACAAUACUGACUCAAGAAGCCAUCAUCUAUGUGAAAGGCGUCAGUCUCAGCAGUUACCUGGAAGGUGUUAUGGCCAACACCAUCUCCACUAAUGCUGGAAAGGGCAGAGAAGCCAUGGAGUGGGUAAUCAGACGGCUGAAUACAGAAAUUGAGGAGCUGGCAGCCACAGCACGCGGGACCAUGUGCACUCCGAUCGCUGCGGCAGCCACUGAGAAAUGACACCUACCUCUUUUUGUCAACAGACUCUUAGAUGUACUCAUCGGUGCAAGCAGCCUCCCUUUAUGGUGCUGCUGAGGUGCUCUAGUUGUCCUAUAUUAUUUAAGGGUGCGGAUGUGUGCGUUACUGUCUACAUUAGAUGGACUGCAGCAUAAAGGAGUUCUGAUGAAUGCUUUCAGGCCAGCACUACGAGGAUGAGAGACUCGGGCUAAAGACUGGGCAGCACCCUCAGAGACAAGUUUAAACACCACCUACCACUCGUGUCUUUGGAAUGAAAGGAGUACAACGAGGGCACUGGUUGAACCAGAAACAAGAACAAGUGCCAAAGCAGAUACAGUUUUUUGCACACACCUUUGCCAGAUGGGCUUUUUUCUUUUUCUUCAAAAUCUUGCUAUAGACUCCAGAAUGUCAGCGAGUUUCCGUCUGGUGAACGGGAGUGUAAAGAGCUAGGAUGUUAGAAAUCGGCUCGUCAAGAUGAGGUUCAAAUGCAAAUCACAUCAAACCUAAAUAUAAGACGUUUGGAUUAAAUUCCUACAAUAUCUUCAUGAACAUGAGAAUUAAAAAAAAUACAAAGUUUCACAGUUAUCUCUAUUUGCUUUUAAGAGAACCAGCUCAGUUAUUUCUUGUGGGACCGAAUAAAAACUAAAUGUUCAGCAGGUGACAAAUGAAAACCUGACUCUGAAAUGUAUUCUUGUGUUUUUGUUAAGGUAUUGUUGUCGAUGAAGGGAUCAAUUUUUCUUUGCCUUAUUUAUAUUUAAUGGGAAGACUUUCUCAAAUGCUUUUAGUUGCAUGUUGAACAAGAGCAGUUUUUCCAUCUAGACAGUUUAUUUUGAGGAUUAACACAUGUUGCAGAAGCUGUACUCCAUAUAAAUGGUGGAAUGGUUAUAUUGUUCACUUGAUAAUGUCUUCUACCAUAAAGUAGCUGUACAACUUUUUUAAAUGUAUGGUUUUUUUAAACUGUAAUAUAAGUAUUUAUUUAGGAAAACAGUUUAAAAAGUGUUUUUUGUCAGAUUCUAUCUAUAAAAAAAAGGUUGUAAUCCAUGUAGGUUUGAUUGAGCGCAUGUGGAAAAAGCCUCCCCGAGUGAAUGCAUAAUGUUGCAAUGCAAUAAAACUGAAAUAUUGAUAAAUCUACAUGAAAA